AUGGCGCACGGCGCGGAGGACUGCGCGACCGUCCUGGAGCAGUUCGUCCACGACGCCGCGAACUUGCCCGCAGAGAUCAACCAUCUGAUGGAAGAAAUCCAAGCGAAAGACAAGAUUAUGCAGGAAUGCCGGGCGACUAUCAACACGCGCGACGGCAGCAUCCAAAAGUUCAUCAAAAUGAACGGCAGCCUGGCACCGAAUCCAAAAGAGGACCAAUAUAGCAAAUCCGUGCUUCAGAAUCUCGACCGCAGCCAGCAACUUCAAGAAGAGAAAAUCCAUUUGAGCGAAAAAGCCUGCGUUCUGCUCGAUCGGCAAAUCAAGCGACUAGACGUUCGCAUCCGAGAGCUCGUCAAUGAAGGUCUCCUCACAAACGACCCUCCUCUCCCUUCUCUAUUCGAUAACAAAAACAACUACCGUGACCCCCCGAGAAUCUUCUUUCCAGACGCUUCCACUACCUCAGACUCACCCUCCUACUCAACACCCCUCAACCCGACCUCUGGAAACGCAAACCCCAUCCUAGCAGCUGCUCAGCGCCUGAACCAAUCUACAUCUACUCCAAACCCUAUCCCUCGCGCUGUUGGCUCCGCUUCUCUCGUCGCACAAGCCACCGCUCGAAGCUCCGCCCCCGCUACUCCCGUCGGCUCAACGGGCGUUCACCUCCAACAGCGCCAGCGCGAGUCCUCCGCCGGUGCUGUUGACAGUAAACGCCGUCGCCUUAAUCAUCCCUCGCUGGGAACGCUUCCAGCCGCCUCAUCUAAUCUCCGGCAAUCAUCUAUGGGGCCUGGGACUCCAAAGCCAGGCACACCGGCCUCCAGUCGGGCUGGAAGUGCUGGGCCACGAGCCAGUGGAGCAAUUAAGAAGGCAUUAACGAAGAAAGUGGCGCCACACCACCAGGUUAAGAAACUUAAGAGUUCUUCACACGGAAAACCGAGUAAACGGUCUUCUAGUACGAGUGGGCGGGUGAAAUUAUCGAAGAAGUCGCCGGCUGGGGAAGGCGAUGAAGAUGACGAUUCCAUGCUUAGCAGUGCCGAUAUGUCAGACUCGGAUAAGAGUGAUACAGGCGGUGGCGAGGAUGAUAUGGAUGAUGAUGAGGAGGAUGAGGGCAAUGAGGAUACUAAGGUUUAUUGUACUUGUCGCACUGUUAGCCAUGGAGAUAUGGUGGCGUGCGACAAUGAUAAUUGUCCUUAUGAGUGGUUUCAUUGGAAGUGUGUUGGUUUGACCAGGGAGCCGGUUGGGACGUGGUAUUGUGAUGAAUGCAGGAAGACCCUUGGGAAGUAA